AUGGCAAAGCGUAUCCAUCAGUUAUUUGUGUUUAUUCUUCUAAUUAAUAUGUCGCUCAUUGCCAAUUAGCUUUGUUUAAGAUAAUAAGCAAAAGUAAAAUCAAUCAUCAGGGGUCAUUAUAAAAAUGCAUUCAGUCAAAGUAAAGGGGCAUUAAUUACAUCAAAGCUACUAAAUGGUUUCUUAGGAGGUGAUAAUGGAAGUUGCUUAAGAGAUACUAUUUAUACUUUAUCUGCAUAUACAUAUAGUUAAAUAGGAUAUUCAAUAAACCUGGGGUUAUUUUAAAAGUAAGAAAUAAAUACCUUGAAAAUAUGGUUGUGGGAUGGUGAUAAUCGAUAUUAUAAUAUUAAAAUCUUCAUCAUAUUAGAUGGCCAAGAAACUUAGAUUUUUAACAAUUUAGCAAAGAGUAUAUUGACACUAACCUUUCCUAGUCAAAUAGUCUCGGGAUUUAGGAUACUAAAUGUUGCAGGAAAUACUUACAAUCAAUUUUUGCACAUCAUUAAAUUUGAAGGUUUCUAUAAAUUAUCAUGA